AAUGGACGAAGAGAAACAUGCCUGUGAUGUUUCCUCUUUUUUUUUGAGGCACCAGGAAUACUUAUACACCAAUAGGACAAUUUGGUAUAAAAUAAGUUAACCACUAAUUUUGGCACCGGCAUGUUUGUUAGAAUGAAUUAUCUGAUUUAGCGCCGAUCUUUAAGUUUAUCCAAUUUUUAAAUUUUCAGCUAAGUGUUCAUUUAUUUAUAGUUAAGUGUUAUAACUCGCUUAUUUUUUAUUUUCAGUUAUUAAUUUUAAUUUUGUUUAGAUGAGCAAAAGCGUUUUGUCAGUUACCAAUAGAAACAAAUUCAUUUCAGAUAAGCUUCAAAGUUUUGCUUAAAAAACUCAAUUUAGUAGGUUGGAAACUUGACAUUUCAAAAACUUUCAAGUUCCACGCGACAUUUACGAUCACAUUGAGUCCUCUGCAAAUUUCCAUUUUGUUUGCCCUUAAGCUGAAGAAAAUUACUCCUGUUCCAGCCUGUUCUACAUAUGUUAGGAAGUUUGCCCACGACAUUUCCUGUAGAUUUUGGAAGUGCCUGUUUUCAAUUACACUUUCCCCCUCAUUAGUUUGACAGGGAACAUAACACUUCCAUAUUUCAGAAACUCUUGUAAGCAUUUUCUUGAACCUUAUCGAACCAUCAUUAUUUGGUUCUUUUUCGCAACUUAGCAAAAAAACGUUUUGAUUAUUGUUUUACCAAAACUUGUGCCAUUAAUCAAACAAUAAAAAACUGCAUUUUGCGCCAUUAAUCAAACCAUAGAAAAGGUGAUCAGCGAAAAAUUGCCAAUUGGAGGUUGCUUUUUAAAAGAUUAACUUUUUGAUUAACUAUUUGAUUAUUUAAUUAAUUGCCCUUUCUUGUUUCAGGGCCACACUUAUGAAUAUUUGAUUAUAAAUUCGACUACGUAUUAUUAAAAGCAUUUUAUCUUUCAAAGACAUCAAUUUCAGCAAAAUUCGUUGUAUUUUUUAGAUUAAAACGUCCUUUACGUUUUUAAAAGUAAUUUACACAUUUAGAUGACCAUACAAAAAUGACCAACUUAACCUUAAACAUAACCCCCGAUUACCACGUUGAGCCACACUUGACAUUAACCCCUAAUAUUCUCCGAUCCAUCUGCACGUUCAUUGCAAACCAGAGCAUCUGGGUGACUGUAAUCCUCGGUUGCCUGGGCAACGGUAUCUGUCUGUUAGUGUUCGCCCGACGAAAACAAAUCAACCCGAAUGACGUGUUCAUAAUAACCCUGGCAGUUUUGGACUUCUGUUUUUGUUUUUCAAAUGGAGUCUACUACCAAAUGCGAGGCUCGGGUCCGAUUUCAAACACGAGAGUAAACUGUGUGAUUGAGAACUCACUCUACCACUUUCUGAUUCCCUCGACUUCUUUGACUCUUCUGGCUAUAACAAUCGACAGGUACUGUGCUGUUUUUCACAUACUGGAGCACAGAGCAAUUGUCACUAACAGGAAAUGUCUGUGGUGUGUUGUGGCAAUAAUAUCAGCCUGCGUAGUGCUCAUUCUCCCCAUAACAAUCGGAUGCUUCUGCCAAAUACUUUUGCUCAUGACCUACAUGUACUUCGUCACCUUCUUUCUCAUACUCGUCGACGCUGUCGUCAUUGUGUUCGUCUACUCGCAAAUAUACAUCGUCAUUCGGCAAUACGACAACUUACGACGACACAUGGUUAAUGCGGAGAUGGCUCUGGACACCACCGCAAAUAACCGAAUGUCUGGAGCUCCCCCGAAAGACGACCCCUCGGGCUCUAACCAAAACAAGUCCAGCGACUCGGGGAAUAAACGAGGAAGUAGCGGCGCGGCUUCCGCGUCUCGCAACCCCCCGGUGGCGUGUUCCGCGAAUGUCCCUUACGGCUGCAUGCGACUGCAACCUUUACCAGUAUAUAAGACAUCGUUGUUGUCGGCCGGGGUGAACGACACGACUAACAAAGUGUCGACCCGUGUGUCGUCCAUUACUGCACGUAGAAACUCGGCUGCUGUUCCUGCCGAGAAACUACGACUGAACGAGCGCUGUGACGAGAUCAAAGUUGACAAUCCGGAGCCAAAGCGCAGUCAAGGUAUUAUGCUAAGCAGUCCAGUGGAUGGAAUGCGACUUAUGGAACAAGUUCGAAACGACAAACCGGAAGACAAAAGCAAGAAAGUGAUUCAAAUCAAGAAAAACAUCAAACGAGAGACGAAAACAACACGAGUGUGCAUCAUUGUGAGCUUGAUUUUCAUCAUUUGUUGUCUCCCUUCAGCUAUUUUUCAAGUCAUUUGGCAAGUCAUGGAGGCCGAUUACUUCUCGCCCAAUUCCAUGUUUUUCCCUCUGUUGAAAUUAUUUUACAACCUUUCGACUUUCAACGCAAUCGCGAAUCCCAUAAUUUACAGCAUCUCUUCAAACCGAUUCCAGCAAGACAUCAAACGAAUUUUCUCGACAAUUCCGACAGCUGCGGCGAAACUGUUCAGAAGAAUCCCAUGCAUGCGUUAACUUUAUUGUUGUAGCUGUUUUUUUAAUGCUUCAUUUAAAAGCCACGCAGAGAAAAAAAGAAAAAAAAAGUAUAUUAAGAUUAGAUACUGAUGUAAAAUUGUUUAUUAUUUUUAUGUAUAAAUGUCCCA